AUGUUGGUGUUUGAGGAGUUUCCAAGAUGCUGGAAAUACCUUAGGAAAGACAAUCUCCGUUCCUAUACGGCCGUGUCCGUCAGCACACUGUACACCUUCUUUGACUGGCUACUCAGUCAGCGCCGAGGGAAAGGAGGAAGGAAAUGCCGGGGGACCAAGAUCGCUAGUUCCCUUGGUACAUACUGGAAGGUUUACCGCCUGGUGUAUGAAAGAGCAACUGGUGUUAAGCUGGAUGGGCAGAUGAAUCGGAGCAUGCACGAGGUGCUGAGAAGGCUAGCGAAAAAGCACAGUCUAAAGAAGAUAGGUCGAGAUAAGGCCUGUAUGUAUGUAGAGGAUCAGACCCUAGUGCUGCAAACAAACCUAGCAACGACCGAAAAGAGAUACACCCACGGACGCUAUAGGAUACAAGCCCAACUCUAUCUACAGCUUGGUGGUUUUACAGCAAAUCGACCACGAGCUAUCCUCAGUCUCUGCUAUCGGCAUAUUCAGGUUACGCUGCUCCGGGAUCCAGAGGGUCGGCCUUAUCAAGUAUUACUAGAGUUCACCUUUGAAUUCACAAAGGAGUUCCUUGGGAUUAAAGAUAUGAAUACCUUCCCUCUCCCUGAAAUUAUCUACGAUAAGUCUCUCAUCUUUAGUCCGCAUGCGUUCGCAGCAUACAAUCUGACAUCCCCAGAGGAAUUAAGUAGGCUUUUUAUUCCGCCAGGCCGCAAUAAGCUACCAUUGCGCCUUAAUCAGGAAUUAGACGAUAUCCCGGUGUUUCGGAAAGCGCCUCUUCCAUACAAUACCUUGCUACCCUGGAUUAAAGCUUUAGGGAAAAUUACGGGGUUUGCGCAAGUCGCCCGUUCUUAUUCGCUGAGAUAUGCUGGAGGGAAGGCCUUCAAUGAGGAUGGCAACGUCAACGAGGCGAUGCAGAACCUGAUGAUGGGGCACGCCAGCAUACGGACGUUUUUGAAGCACUACCUCUCACGGCGCAUCACGGUUGACAUACAGGCUGUCGUGCGAGGCCUCCGGCCCCAGAACGCGAUAAUGCGGGCGGCUUGUACCAUGAGUCGUUCGAUCGAUCUUCGUCGGCCACGACGGCUUACAGCAGAACAAUCUGAAUCAGUAAACGAUCAUCCUACACAUCCAAUGUAUAAAGAGCUCAAUCGCAAAAUCAUCCAGGAAAGGCAGCGCCAGCGACAUGCCCUUCUUCAGGAUGUCAUGGAACGCUGGGAGUACGAGCAACCUGUGCGUGAUGUUGAGCAGCAGCUUGCCGGCAUCGAAAGUAAAAACGAGGUCGUCAUAGUACAGCCUCAAUAUGCCAUGCUCCCGGCACAGAAGGAGCUAGCUGACGCUAUUAUGGCCCCGCCGGGAAUCACUCUGAAAGCAGAGAUAUGCCGGCGUAAUAGAGGCAUCCGAGCCGUCACGGAAUAUUGUGGGGUGUCGGUGUACAACAAAGAGAAGAGGCCGAAAAGAUGUUGGAAAUGCAUCGGCAAUCCCAAUCUGCCAACCGGAGAACGGAUAUACGAAUUCAGCUGUGCAAGCGAUAUCAGCAAACAUUUCAAACGGAAGCACUCGCAAUACAUUAAGAGAGGGGAGUCUCUUGGCUGCGAGCUUUGUAAGGUGCCCCUGGCAAACAAGGUGCACUUGCAACGACAUGGCCUAGAUGUCCACGGUACGGUUACGUAA